CUCUUUUCAACUACAUUCUUUUUUUAUAUAUAUAUAUAAUUAUUACAAGCACCUAAAUUAUUACAUGCAUAAAUUUGAGAGAAGGGACCUAUUACUAGCCUAGUCUAGUGAGGUACGACUCCAUGCAUGCAAUGCCUUUUUUUAGCUACCUUCUCCACCUAUCGAUACAAUUCUAUACUCCCAAAGGUCCAACUGGACAAUGUGUUAGACCACACUUGUACAGAUCUAGACUGUCACUAGGUGUUCGAGAGUCACAAUGAUUAAAGAAGUCCAAUUCAAAUUGAUAGAGCAAAGGGAAAGGAAACAAUCCCACGACUUUUAUCAACUAUUACAUCAAAAUACCAAAAAAAUUGCCGCUUAGAAUGCAGGAUUGGUACAAAAUGUCAGAAAAGUGAAAACCAAGGAAACUACGAGGGCCUAGGAUUCAUUGAAGAACAUUAGCGCCAACAGUUCCUGGUAAACUGGAAAACAGGAACUAAAACCCUGCCAUAUCUAAGAGGAUGAGGAGGAAUCCAUGGAGCUGAUCUUCUCCAUGAGACCUCUUAUCUCACCUUCUAACUUGAUUUUCAGUUGAGGAGAAAGAUUAUUACCAGCCUUGCCCAACACUGAUGUCAUCAUCUCAAGAUUCGUUUUCAUAAACAAGAUAUCAGGCAAAUCACCACCGUUAUGCGUAGUUGGACCAGGUGGAAGCACUGCAGGGAUCUCGAGUCCAUUUGUUGCCAAAAAGGGUUGUGCCAAAGGAGUCAUUGAAGUUGCUAAAACUCCUGCAGCAAUAGACUGCUUAUUAUGACUUGUAUUCACAUUUGAUGCUGCAGAAGUAAACAUGCCUCGAGCUGGAUCAGGUGGAAGCACCACAGGAGUCUUUGGUCCAUCCUCUGGCAAUAUGGGUCGUACCAAAGGUGCCAAUGAAGUGGCUGAAACUCCUUCAGUAAUAGACGACUUAUUGUGAUAUGUUUCCACAUUUAAUAUAACAUCAGUAGACUUCUUUCUCCUUCUUUUCCGUGCCACAUUAGUUUUAGGCAAAGCGGAAUUUGCAUCAGGCGCCUUAUUUCCAGGUGAGAUGCAGUCAACAGCAUUUCCAUUCAAAUCAGGGAUAGAUGUAUGCACUGUAGCAUCCACAGGCUUAGCUGCUUUCAUCUUCCUUCUUGUCUUGGGCUCACAUUUGGUACCAAGACAUAUUGGUUGCAUUUUGUUUAUUAGUGCAGAUUGAGUGUAGCAUUUCUUGGCUUCUGAAUGUCUAUCAACUUCAGAAGUAGCAAAUGCAGCUUUAUUAUUCAUGCAAUUCUGUUGAGCCAUGUUACUGAAGAAAUUUGAACCCAUCGACUGCACAUCUUUCAGCAACUGGACGAAUUUCAUGUUGCCUCUCCCUGGAUCUAGCAAGUUCAGAGUUUGUGUACAUGAACUUUCGGGAGCUAUUCCCCGUAAACGAUAAGAUGUCACCGAUUCUGCCACUAGAUCAUCUUCAACAGAGAAUGCAGGGAUGUACCCGUUCAGAUCUGGUAAUCCAGUUGCAGAUCUCUUCUCAAUCAAGCCCAAAUCAAUUCUUGCCUUCUUUCUCUUCCUGGAAACUUUUUCUUUCAUCGGGGAACCAGAAUCCACUUCAGGACUUCCAGUCACCUCUGAGCCAUUUCUAGUUUCCUUUCUUUUUCUAGAAUGCAUAGCACCUCUUGAAGUACUAUCUCUCUUUUCUUUCUGUCUCCUUUUUGGCGCACGCUUGACUGCAUCCCCUCCAGGACUUCUUUCUGUAUCACAGCUGGAAGAUACACUAGUCUCCCCCAUAAGAUCACCAAUAUGCUCAUCAGCUUCUUCAUAUUUUAAGAAUGCAAACCUCCUAAGACAACUUAAAAAGUUACUAACUGAAUCAGAACAUUUUUCGCUUCUUGUAAAAGAACAACCAAGAGCUGCCAAAUGGAGUUCAGAAAGUAUUUCGGUAGAAGAAGCUACAACAUCCUUGGCUUUAUCCCACAUAUCAGAAGAGCUAGCUUUGCUGGACACAGAAUUUUUGGAUUUCUUACCAGUAUUUUGGCCAUAGUUUCCAUUCACGUCCAAGACCGAUUCAGCCUGCUCCAAAACUUUUUCAUGGCCCUUCCUCGGAUCCAAAAAAGGAUAUGAUAAGUACUGGCUCUUCUUUCUCUCCCUCGACCCAUGGCAUUUUUUAGAUCUUCCAUCCACCCUCCCAUCAUGCUCUCCAAUUACUGGUAAGGGGGUAUACAGCUCAUGUUCAGCUUCAGUAGUACUUACAUGUUUUUCUCCAUCAAUAGCCUCAUAACAGUUGGCUCGAGAAAACUCGGUCAUAACAUCAUCCUUCUCAGCCCUUUUUGAAUUACUAUGAGCACUGUUCUGGGCAGCAUUUGACACAAGAUAUUGAAUGGACAAUUGAGGAUGACCCAAAGAACGAUAAAUUGCCCAAAGACAACUUUUGGUGGUGGUAAUUUGAAACUUAUCUGGUGGACUAGCACUCUGAGCAAGGUAUUUCAAAAGAGCAAGAAAACUUGCAGGAUGAAACUGGGAUUCAAAUGACGCAGAUGAUGCAGCCAUUUUGUUUACUGACCAUGACCUCUUCGGCCAUUUUUGACUACCAAGUUGGGAAGAAGAUGUUUCAAUUUCUCUUAAAUAACAAGAGCAAGUCAUUUCUAGCUUAGCACGCUGACUAAUCUCAUAGACAGCUCUCUCUAUUGCUCCACGAAAGCUUCUAGAGUUACUCUGACAGCAUAACCGAUCAAAAUCCUCAACCAAAUGCCUGAUAUGAGAAGCAGAGUGCCAAACAGAAUUAGCACUCCCAAAAUAUUUAACAAAGAAGAAGGCUUUCCUGUUGGAACUCGCAGGUUCCUUAGAGGUCGGCAACCGACUAACAGGAUCAGAAAUUACACCUGGCCACCAUAUCUGAGUCUUCUUGGUUUUAGCCCAAACCAAAUCACCCAAAGCAAAUGUGCUUACUGUAUUGCAAAACUUGUCGCCCUCCACUUUGUUUUGCGCUUUUGCUUUAUCAGAUUUGAAGCUGUUUGUCUUCUCCUCAACCACUGGGUCAUUUCUCUUCAAAACAUUGUCGAUAUCUUCAUCCCCAUCAGAAGGUGACAUUGUCCCACUGGAUCCACUUGUAUCUUCUCCAUCAGAAUCCUCCUCUCCCAACACUUGCUUGUCAGGGUUGUUUCCUUCACCUGGAUGAGUUCCACUUGGGGGACCAAAAACCUCAACAAUUAAAGAAAUACCAUCACCAGAGACACCAACAUUCCUAGAAAAGUUAUCAGCUUUCCAUGCCAGGGCAUCGUUGGUCUUCUCUCGGUCCUCCUUCUCCAAACUCUUGUCAUCCCUAAUCUCCUCAUUUCUUUCAACUGCUAAAAUUUCUUUCAUUCCCGGGUCAUCCACAAAAGAUUCAUCCUCAUUCCCAUGUCCUUGUAAGGAAAAUUUGUGUUGAAGAGGACUUAACAUUCUAUUUCCAGCUCCAUUUUCUUCAGCAACUAACAGUGACCCACUACAAGUCCCACUAAAACCACAGACCUCUGAGGUUUUUCCAAGACUUUGAUCAUAAAGAUUACGACUUUGAUUGGUUGGUAGCUCCAAAAAAACGUCAGGCUGUGCAGAUUCUGGGUCUUUUUUAGUUUCCAUUAAAGGUCUCAACUUGAUUUCUAGACAAUUAAUAAGCCAUCAAUUCAACUGCUCGGGGAGGGGGGAAAAACAGAAAAAAGGAAAGACGAUCAACCUAACUACACUAAUCAAAACUUGUAGGUUAAAUCAAAAUUCUCCAACAUCUCUCUAACGCAGAAACAGAAAACCCACAACAAAAAGCUCAUCAAGAAGCCACAAUUAGACAUGCAUUGCACCAAAAAUGAAGCGACAAGAACCAAAAGAACAUAAUCAACAGCUCACCUAAGAAAAAUUGGAGAAGCAAUCCGAAGAUCUUAUAGAGUAAAGAUCGAUUCUUGGAAAUUGUAUACGCAGGAAAUAUCUGGAAAACAGCAGGCGAAAUGGGGGUGUUCUUAGAAAACCAGUAAAGAAAGGAUUUUGCGGGUUUUACUAAAGGUUGUCUGUGGAGACUGGAGACUCAUAAUAAAGCCACCAACAGGAUCAUGGAUAUAGAAAUAAUAUAUAUACUGACAUAAGAUAAGAUUAGUGUACAUAUUUGAAUUAAGAAUUGCCGUUGAAAGAAAUACAACAGUUCGUUUUGAAAUCUAAUUCAGAUUGGAAUAGCAUUUUAAGAGAAAAAAAGAGAUUUAUGCGACAGUAAAUUUGUUUUGUACUAGUUACUACUCUACUUUUACUAUAUUUGCAAAUAAAGUACUAGUAUUUUGUUAUUCAGACAUCCUCGGUCGCUCGGUCGGUUGUUCCGUCCUGAUUUACAACAACCUUUUACUGUGUGUAUUUAUUUAGUAUACCAAUGUUUUUGUCUGAAUUAAUAUGGGGUUCGUAGCACAAAAGAAGAAGAAGAAGCAGAAGAAGAAGAAGAAAGUGACCCUACCACCACAAAGAAAGUAGUAUUGGACCAUUUGACCGAAGGGAGAAAAAAAUUGGUUUGGCGGGCAGUUGGUUAGAAGUUGGAGAGGGGCUGCUGAGUAAAAAAGAGGGUAUGGCCAAUCUUCUGACAAAUAAUGCCCAACCAAGCCUUGAAAUUGACGGCUGGAUUGAAAAUAUUAAUGAAGAAGAGGAUAACAAAAACAAGUUUGAAACGGGUUCGGUACAGAGAGAAGAAGAAAAGGAUAUGGCUCCCGUUGGGGGAAAUUCAAUUCAUCGAUCAUCUUCUAGACCGCAGUUGGACCUCAGUGGAGCUGCUAUUCAGGGAAAUUUCGAGGAGAAGGAUCCCACCAUUCUUUUACCUAAUCAGUCUGACGAUAUAUCUCAUCUGGCUCUGGAUAUUGGAGGAUCUCUCAUCAAGUUAGUUUAUUUUUCAAGACAUGAGGAUCGUCCAGUUAAUGAUAGGAGGAAGAAGACAAUCAAAGAGAGGCUGGGUAUUUCUAAUAAUAAUAGAAGGAGCUACCCAAUUCUCGGAGGAAGACUACAUUUUGUGAAGUUCGAGACACACAAGAUCAAUCAAUGCUUGGAUUUCAUUUCAUCCAAACAACUCCAUUGUGGUGUAUCAAAUGAGAAUGCUGUGAUUAAGGCUACAGGUGGCGGUGCAUACAAGUAUGCCGAUCUGUUCAAGGAAAGGCUAGGAGUUAGUAUAGAGAAAGAAGAUGAAAUGAGCUGCCUGGUUUCUGGUGCAAAUUUCUUGCUUAAGGCAAUUCGUCAUGAAGCAUUUACGCAUAUGGAAGGCCAUAAAGCAUUUGUGCAGAUAGACCAAAAUGAUCUGUUUCCAUAUCUUCUCGUCAACAUUGGAUCUGGUGUCAGCAUGAUCAAGGUUGAUGGGGAUGGUCAGUUUCAGCGGGUUAGUGGAACAAAUGUUGGAGGUGGUACAUACUGGGGGUUGGGAAGACUGUUAACCAAGUGCAAGAGCUUUGAUGAAUUGCUAGAACUGAGUCAACGUGGGGAUAAUAGAACCAUCGAUAUGCUUGUUGGGGAUAUUUAUGGUGGAAUGGACUACUCAAAGAUUGGUCUCUCAGCAUCCACCAUUGCUUCUAGUUUCGGCAAGGCAAUAUCUGAAAAUAAGGAUAUUGAAGACUACAGACCUGAAGACAUAUCUUUAUCCCUCUUGCGAAUGAUUUCAUACAACAUUGGUCAGAUUUCCUAUUUAAAUGCGCUGCGCUUUGGACUUAAAAGGAUAUUUUUUGGCGGAUUUUUCAUAAGGGGCCAUGCUUAUACCAUGGACACAAUCUCAUUUGCUGUGCAAUUCUGGUCAAACGGAGAGGCACAAGCCAUGUUUCUACGACAUGAGGGAUUUCUUGGAGCCUUGGGUGCUUUUAUGAGCUAUGAAAAGCAUGGGUUAGAUGAUCUUAUGGUCCAUCAGCUUGUGGAGAGGUUUCCAAUGGGAGCUCCAUACAUCGGGGGGAAUGUUCAUGGGCCACCAUUGGGGGAUUUGAAUGAAAAGAUCUCUUGGAUGGAAAAGUUUAUUCUGAAAGGAACUGAAAUUACUGCUCCAGUUCCAAUGGCCCCACCUGGUACGACGGGACUUGGAGGCUUUGAAGUCCCAUCAUCAAAAGGGGAUAUCCUGCGACCAGAUGCGAGCAAAUUAAAUGUUGGGGUUCUUCAUCUUGUGCCAACUCUUGAGGUUUUUCCGCUUCUGGCAGAUCCAAAAAUGUAUGAGCCAAAUACCAUAGAUUUGUCAGACCCAGGUGAAUUGGAGUACUGGUAUACUGUUCUAUCGGAUCAUUUGCCUGACCUGGUUGACAAGGCUGUUGCAAGUGAAGGAGGUACAGAUGAUGCUAAAAGAAGGGGUGAUGCAUUUGCCCGAGCAUUUUCGGCUCAUCUAGCAAGGUUGAUGGAGGAGCCUGCUGCAUAUGGGAAGUUGGGGCUUGCCAACCUUUUGGAAUUAAGAGAAGAGUGCUUGAGGGAAUUUCAUUUUUUUGAUGCUUACAGGAGCAUAAAACAGAGGGAGAAUGAAGCAUCACUUGCUGUUUUACCUGAUCUGCUUAGAGAAAUUGAUAACAUGAAUGAGGAAACAAGAUUGUUGACUCUUGUUGAAGGUGUCCUUGCUGCUAACAUCUUUGAUUGGGGCUCGCGGGCAUGUGUUGAUUUAUAUCACAAGGGGACAAUCAUUGAAAUAUAUAGAAUGAGCCGCAAGAAGAUGCAAAGACCUUGGCGGGUUGAUGAUUUUGAUGCAUUUAAGGAGAGAAUGCUUGGCUCUCAGGACAAGGAGCCUUGCAAACACAAAAGAGCAUUGCUGUUUGUAGAUAACUCUGGAGCUGAUGUUGUUUUAGGAAUGCUUCCUCUAGCAAGAGAGCUUCUACGACGCGGAACAGAAGUAGUUCUCGUUGCAAACUCUCUUCCGGCAUUGAAUGAUAUUACUGCUAUGGAGUUACCAGACAUCGUUGCAGAGGCUGCCAAGCACUGUGACAUACUCCGAAGGGCUGCUGAAGCAGGUGGCCUGCUGGUGGAUGCUAUGAUUAGCAACCAAGAUAGUCCUAAAGAUAAUUCCUCUUCUGUCGCUUUAAUGGUGGUUGAGAAUGGAUAUGGGAGUCCGUGCAUAGACUUGAGACAAGUUAGCUCAGAGCUAGCAGCUGCUGCCAAAGAUGCUGAUCUGGUAAUCUUGGAAGGAAUGGGCCGAGCUCUACAUACAAACUUCAAUGCACGUUUCAGUUGUGAUGCUUUGAAGGUAGGUUUUUCCUUUUUCGUCCUUGCCAGUCAUAAUAAAGCAUAGUCUGCAUUCACUGCAUUUGCUACAAUCAAUGAGAAAGCUGAUAGAUUUCUGGAUAAUCGUGCUCGGAUGAUUUGCCUGAAGCUUACUAGGUUCAACCCACGCGAUAGAAUUCUUCUUGAUUGGACAUGAUAUGAAAUACUGACACCGAUAAUGUUCACGUAGUAGCUUUUGAGGUUUCUUUAUCCGUAAGAUGCUUGAUUCAUAAGCUUAAUUUAUUCUCUAUGCAUGACUUGUUACUUUAAAUUUUCAGCUCGCUAUGGUCAAGAAUCAACGGUUGGCUGAAAAAUUGAUCAAUGGUAACAUUUAUGAUUGUGUCUGCCGAUUUGAACCUGCAGGUUAACCAACACCUUAGUUAUUCCUGUUCUAUUAUUUCUUUGAUAAUUAUCUAUUGUUUUAGUCUAUCAUAAGUUCAGAAAGUAGGGGGAAAAAAAGUUCAGAAAGUAGGAAAAUUCUAUAGAUAGCAUUUUGCACUUCAACAUUGUGUAAGGCGAUAAGGUUUCAUAUCAUUGUGACAUUUUAAAUUUGUAACGAUAUCUUUCACCCUGGAUUCAAGAAAGAAUUGCUCCGGAAUCAAGGCAUGCAAUUUGAACGUUGUUGAAUUACAGUGGUACUCUCCGGUAUCCCUAUUCCACAGAAAAUUGACUAUGUGAAGUUUUAGAAAGAGUCUUGACUGGUC